GAUACUCCGUAUGAAAUUGUUUAUCCCUAACCCUGCUUAACCCCUUCAGAUUGAGCUUUUCAACACCUUUCCUUAUACCAUAGGCUUUUCCGCCUCCAUAGAGAAACAGUUGGAGCAUCGCACGGUGAGCGGGAGGAGAUGGCAGUACCAGCGAGAUCUAACGGUUUGGGAGAAGAAGAGGACGACAACGGUAUCUUUGUCGAAGAAGAGGAAGACGGCGGUAUCAUUGUCGAAGAAGAAACGGAGCUGAAACAAGUUGUCGUAGCCGUCGAGCGCGGUGAUGUAGAAUCCCUUCUCCAAUGCCUAGCUAACUUAAGCAGCAUAGAUCAACCAUUAGAAGAUGGAGAUACAGCUCUUCACCUUUCCUGUUUGUAUGGCAAACUGUCAUGUGUUGAGCUGUUGCUAGAUAAGGGAGCCUCUUUGGAGGCCAAGGAUGAAGACGGCGCUAUUCCCUUGCAUGAUGCCUGUGCAGGAGGAUUCAUUGAAAUAGUUCGGCUUCUUAUCAAUAGGGCCGAUCCAGAGUGCGUAAAGAGGAUGCUGGAGACAGUUGACAUGGAAGGUGAUACACCUCUACAUCAUGCUGCAAGAGGUGAGCAUGCACAUGUUAUAAAGUUGUUGCUAGAUUCUGGGGCUUCUCCUACCAAGAAAAAUUCAUUUGGCAAGAUCCCCAGUGAGCUUGUUGAACCUGAUUCCGAAGCUAUCAAAGUCUUUGAAACGGCUGCAAAUGCAAUGGCUACCUGCUGAGUUUUUUGUUUGUUUGUUUGCUGAAUAUAAUAGCACGAGCACGGCUUCUUCUUUAUCUUCUUUUUGAAAUAUUGACCAGAAGAUUCUCAUCACCAUCUACUUCCCCAGAUGCUAAUGGAAGUAUGCCUAGAAGGAAGGCACUGACAUUGUUUUAGGAUGGCCUUUCCCAUGGUUGAGCUUUUUAAUCCAAUAAUUCCAGUCUCCUUCUAAUUAAAGAAAUCUGUGGUGUGUGUUUUUUACUGUGGCCGGUGACAAGAAGCUGGUUAUUGAAGAUCCAAGGCCCCAAGGUGAUGACGCGAAGCGUGUCUGAUUCAUGAAAGAACGAGAACAGGUAGCGAACAUCGCCAAUGGCUUGGACAUCCAUGCCGAGGUUGGUAGGGCGCUGUACCGAUGACAGUGUUUGGCGCAUUGCCUCGAGAGGUGACUAGAAUAUUUUAUUUUAUCAAAUAAUCAAUCGAGACGCGUAAUUAAACAAAAGAUUCUGUAACUUUCAAAUAGGGUAAGGUGUGUAAUUCUUUUUGUGGCAAAAUGAAUAAAUGUACACCGUAUUA